AGUUACACAAGAGAAGUUACUAGUGGAACCCGGACCGCAUAUCCUUUUGGAGCAUCUUCGAUGAUAUUGUAAAAAGAAGAAACAGAUUUACUUCCGAAUCAAUAUUGCCAAAAGAUAUUGUCAUAAUGUAACUGCUGUUCAAACUCAUCCUAGCAAAAUGAAUAAAGUAGAAAGAACACUCGGAAAAGGAAUUUUGUGAAAUUUUCGUAGAUGUUGCAUCCACAGAUAAACAAGAGUCAAAAUGACACAUACGGAGAUUGUAGUCUCAGUGAAUUUUCUUGUCAGAAAUUAAAACAAAUAUGUUUAAGUAUCGUAUCCAUGUAUCAACUUUAAUGGCAUAUGUUUUCCUACAAAAAUGGAAUCAGAAGUAUGCAGGGACUAUUUUUAUCUGUUUGUAUUGUCAUAUCAUCGUAUCUACACACAUGUAUAUCACUAAGAAUGAGAAGUUGUGUAUUACGGCCUGUACAAGGGGAUACAACAAAAUACAAAGUUUAUUUAACCUCAUCACGUGCUUCCGGUGAAUUUAGAUGCGCUGAUGGAACACAUUUUAAUCAGAAAAAAUGUUUAUGUGUGUGGCCACCAAGAAAUAAAACAGCUACAGCCACUUUUCCAACAAGACCUAGACCAACCACCGAACCUAUCAAUAGACCAAUUAAUACAAGACCGUUGGACCCAAUCAGACCAAUUAAUACAAAACCGUUGGACCCAAUCAGACCAUUACUUCCUGGAGAACAGAAACCUGGAUAUCGACCAUUUGAAUCUACAACAAUAGGGCCUUGUUUUACGUCACCAGACGCCGACAGAAACUAUUUCUCACAAUAUAUCCAUGGUUACGGUACAGUAAGACGACGUUGUCCAAUUGGUACCCUUUACAAUGACCGAGAAUGUGGCUGUAUUGAUUUAGCACCUGUAACAAGUAUUUAUUGCAGACCAGAAAUCAAUUUAGACUAUGAUAGUAAACCAAUUAAAGACAAUGGUGGCACACACAUUCCCAUUGGUAAUAAUGGUCACGUGGAUUCUGUUGCUAAAGCUGGUAGAUUUAACGGCAUCGGACAAUUAACGAUAUGGUUGUAUUCAAAUAUUGACUUUGGACAAAAAUUGACAAUAAGUUUUCGUUUCUACGAUUUCCCAGGAGGCCCGGAUGAACAAGUUUUAGUUUCUAAUUGUAAGGAUCAUCAUUUAGGUGCUGUUGAAAUUGCAUUAGCGCCAAGAAAUAAAGAAGUUAUUUUUAGAGCAGAUACCGUUUCUAGUGGACCUGCCGAAAUCCGAUUACCAUAUAAGGAUAAAGCAUGGAAAAAUGUCACAUACGUAUAUGAUGGAACAGCAUUAAGGGCAAAGGUUGAUGAUGAAGAACAGGCUGUUUCCAUGAAAGGGCAUUUAGAUACACGAUCAGGUGGAUUUGAGAUAGGGAUGUGCAACAGACGUGGAUAUGUUGGAUAUAUUGAUGAUUUGAAGAUCCAUCGCUGUGUAAAUAUAGACUAUGUUAUUGGAAAUGGAAAAGGACCACUGAGACCAUAUGAUGCUAGAGACUCUUACCUAGAUAUUCGUGGACCUUGAAAGUUACUUGACAACUAAAUAACUUUGACACUUUUUUCUGUAAAUCUUUUUUGAAAAUAACAUAUACGUUCCGCUGCUAGGUCGUUCCGAGAAAAAAUAGCUAAUCUUGAUGAAUUUUGAAAUUCUAUUUCACAAGAACUGAAUAUGUUCCCCUUUUUAGACAAGACCAUUUACCGCGUUGAACAUCAGCCAUAUUAAAUAAAAAAAGGAUAGAGAAUAAACGGGGAAAUCUU